CCUCCACGUCUCUGGCAUUCCGGCCCGAUCACCUCGAGCUGAGCAGGCUGUUAGCAUCCCGCGCAGAACAAUCUUGGGUCUUCUAGAUUCCUGCUUGCUAGAGUCUUUAGUUGCCCCGCUGCGUUAUUUCUUCCUUCGAAUUCACAGUAAUUCCCACAAUGUCGGAACCAGUGUCGGAUCCGAUGGGAUCUUCGCCCUCCCCCCAACCUGAUCUAGGUCGUGACCGUCUUCCGACUCUCUUCGAGGUCCUCAGCCGGCGGACGCUCCCUCCAGUCGACUUGUUUUCAUUCUACAUCUACAUGAGAGACCAGCAGCGUUCAGUUGACUAUCUCGACUUCUGGCUUGAUGUUGCUCAACACAUGUCUCUAUGCCGCCAUUAUGUCCGUGAGCUACGGCGCUCCGUCCUAGUCGGUACCCCUGAACUAGACAAGGGCUCAAAGCGGUCUUCUGCCAUCUUAGAGGGCUUAGGAGACAUGCACCACCCUGCAGCCGGACCGUCGAUGUACGCCACAGAAAAGGAGAGGGGCGUGGAUGCGCAGUUGUCAUCCUUCCUGCGGGAAGAGCGCGCAGAUAACCAUGACUCUCCGCAAAGUAGCAACGACAGACGGGACCGACCGAGUCCAAACGUUGGCUCGGCGAGAGAUGUUACGACGGACUCCAACUCGCCCGCCCAUACUGUGGCGCGGAACGACAUUAGAGCUUCCGCCGAGAAGAUACUCUAUACGUAUCUGAUGCCGAAUGCGGAGCGCGAGAUUACACUGCCCGGUUCGAUAACGGCAGAUGUCACGACGGCCAUCGAGGAGUUUGGACGUGAUGAUCCCGAGGUGUUUGAUGUCGCCAAGGACUACGUCUUCCAAGCGAUGGAGCGAGAUGCGUUUCCCGGCUUUCUCAGAAUGAAGGCUCUCGGGAAUCUCAUCCCCCCGACACUCAUCAUGCGUCUCAUUCUUGGUCUGGUAUCCAUGUUUGGUGGUUUCUGGGCGGCCUUUAUCCUGAUUUUUCUCAAUGAGUCACGGAGAACUAGGCUCUGGCUCGUCUUACCGUUCACCGUCGGUGUCUACUGUCUCGCUUCAUAUCAGUAUUCUCUGGAUCCCAUUCUUGCUCUCUUUGGAGCGAGCGAAUACACGCCCUUCAACUUCUCUCGAGUUCGGGAGGCCUACGUCCGGAGGAUGCUUGCCCGGCGGGCCUUGACCGUCCUCGCGGUCACGGUACUCAUUGACGCAGCGCUUUGUGUGCUCUUCAUACUUGUUCCCGGAAAGCGACUCUGAGUGAGGUUUUGGGCUCGGCACACUUCAGCAGCCCGUUGCUGCGGUUGCUCUCUUGCUUACACGAAAAUCAACAUAUACAACGUGUUGCUACCGGCAUCUUUGAAAAGCAAUCAUGCA